UAUUCUACCAUUCGUCUUUUUUUACGGGUGCGAGUAGUUGAACGUGAUUUGGUGAUAAUUUCUCGUCUAUCACAAGUAAAUUUACACACGAAAUAGAAUAUAUCUUAGUGAAGAACGGCGUUGAACGCAAAGGAGUCUUAAAAUACAUUCUGAAAAUAUGUCGGAAACAGCAGGAACAAUAUAUCCUCCAGUCUCUUGGGCCCAGCGUCACGAGCUGCUCUAUGUCAUCAUCGAUGUUGAAUGCACUAACAUUGAACAUAAAGUGACAGAGAAUACUUUCACUUUCAAGGGCGUUAACGCUCUAGACGCAACCAAAAAAUACGAAGUUACGCUCAACUUCCUACAUCCUGUGAAUCCGGAAAGAGUGACGAGUAAGAACAUUGGCAGAUGUUUGGAAUUUACUAUUUAUAAGAAAGAAGCAGGUCCAUACUGGCCCUCUCUUACCAACGAUAAAAUCAAAUUGCACUUUUUGAAAGCAAAUUUCACUAAAUGGAAAAAUGAGUCUGAUGAAGAAGAUGAGGGUGAACCAGAACCUCCCUUCAAUAAUCUCUUCAAUUCAUCAUGGAAUAAAAAAUUCGAUGAUUUAGGUCUAGAAGAUGACGAUUCAGACGAUGAUAUUCCCAGCUUAACUAAAAAUGACGAGGACUCUUCAGAUGAAGACAAAGAGAAGGGAGAAGCAGAGGAACCAGCACCUGAGGCUGAGAAGAAAUAGUUUAAUAAUUUGUUAAACAUUUGAAUAACGUAGUGCAGAAAAUAUGGAACUUAAGAGAUGAUCACAAAAACAAAAAAAAAACUCCAAACUAAACAUAAGAAUCCCUAUUACUAUAAAUAAACUAUUUUUCCAAACGAUUGGAAAGGAAAUCAA